GACAGAGGUAGAAUUCUCGUCAUGUCAUACUCAAAUAAGGAAAUUCUUGAACGUGCCCGGGAGGAGCUGAAGAAAAGUGAGGAUUGUGUAUUUGAGGGAGUUAGGUACUCCACACUCGGCCUCGUUCCAGAUACACCACGGAUGUUCCACAAGAUCAAACAUGUAGAAUUGGGCGACAGUGACGUCAUCUUGAACGGUUACCCCAGGUCUGGGAAUCACUGGACCUUUGAGGUUAUCGGGGCGAUCUUGAAUCAGGACAUUGGAAACGAGAAAGAUGAUUUUCUUUUUCGUCUCAUGGAUUUCAUGGGCGAUGACGUUGAGUCACGCAUACACGGCCUUCCAGCUCCAAGACUGAUCAAUUCACAUCCGUGGGCGUCGCGCCUUCCCGAAAUAAUUCGACAGGGUAACGUCAAAAUAGUCUACAUUCUGAGAAAUCCAAAAGAUGCACUGGCGUCGUGGUAUCGUCUGCUGAAAGAUUUUAUAUCGCCCUAUGGUUUUGAAGGAACGUGGGAAGAGUGCUUUGAGCUUUCGUUAACCGGGGAGAUCCCGUUUGGAUCCUGGUUUGACCACGUCCUCGAGAUGGAGAAGUUCAUGAAGGAAUACCCAGACAGCCCCGUACAUGUCGUUCUGUAUGAGAAGAUGAAGGAAGACCCCGUCAGCGAAAUCAAGAAGCUUUGUGACUUCCUGGACCGACCGAACGUGGAUGUGGAAGAGCUUGCUCUAGCAACAAGCUUUGCGCAAAUGAAAAAAAAGAGGGAACCCAUUUACAAGCAGAGUGAAAAGGCUUUGGGUCGCGAAGGCUGUCAUGGUGUGAUGGUCAAAGGAGUGAUUGGUGGAUGGCGCGAAUGGUUUACUGUGGAUCAGAGCGAACGCUAUGAUAAAGCUUUUGAAGAGAAGAUGAAAGGCAGUAAGCUGGCGGAUAUGGUGAGAGAAUAUAUCUAGGUACGUCUGACUGGCGUUCAGGCUCCGACUUAGAUUACAGAACAACAUUUCAGAACAAAGGAUGAUGUUUUAAAAGUUGUUUCCAGUUCUUGCUCGGGGUGCUAUACACACGGCAGAAAGUAACUUCUCAAAGAACCCAAGACUUUUUAACCUUACUACACCCUGUGGCGAUAGGCAAAUUUUUUCAGGCACACAAUGCGGAAAGAAGCAUUGGAGAAUAUUGUAACAACAGGCAAGUUUGAUAGAAAAAGAGGCAGAGGCAGA